CGCCGCUGUCCUGUUUAUGUUUUAGGCGUUUAUUGGGAGACUAGAGAGACGUACGAGGCUUUAUGUUGAUGGAAAUCUUACAGCCCUGAAGAGCGAUCGAAAGACUCGAGAUGUUUGAAUCUGAAGACUCUGACUUUGAGGAGGGACCGGAUGUGGUUCGACACAAGACUACAAUCGUUAAUCAUGGAAUGUUUCCGUUGAUCCACAUGGACCAAUCUGACGAUAUGUACGAGAGAUGGAGUCGAAUAAAACCUGAGCUGAGAAGAGAGGCGGGACACUUGAUGCAUAUCUCGAUGUUCUGGUGGCACAUUUUGUACCGGCAACAGGAUAAUCACAGCACUACAGCCUGGGCUGUAGAUAUGGGCUUCUUGGAUUCCAAUGUUUCAAAUGAUUUGAGUUUGAAAAAGCUGCAAAAAAUCGAAAUCUUGGAGCUCAUCCUUGACACUGUGGAAAAAAGCCUGGCAGGCACUGAUCCUGAGAGGAGAGCAAGAGAGUUGAUAAUGAUAAGCAUGUCUCUGAGAAUGGAGGAUGAUGGUCUUAUGAGGGCAGUCAGCUGGCUAAGUGAAUCUGGUCCUCCAGGUCUAAGUCGUAAAAUCCUUCAACUAGGCUCAAAGCACAUACGCCUCCAAGUUUUAGAAUUUGUGUUUUCCGAGUAUUCUCGUUUCAUACAAGUUAUGUCUUGUAGCAAAAAUAGGAUGUUUAAGGAGCUAUCUUUGGAUCCAGAGCCAUGGUGUUUACAGAAAAGUGAAGAAAUGAAAAACAAAGGGAACGAUCAAUUUCAGAAGAGAAAGUAUGAUGUUGCAUUGAAAUGGUACACGAAGGCCAUUAAAUACCAUCCCAACAACCACAUAUUGUAUGGCAACCGAGCACUCUGCUUUAUUCGUUGUGAAAAAUACCUGAAAGCAAUGGCCGAUGGGAAGCGAGCUAUUUUACUGCAGCGUGACUGGGCAAAGGGCCACUAUCGUUUCUGUGAUGCCUUAUUCUUUUAUGGAGCUAAAGACAAAGCAGUAGAAUCCAACAUUACAGCUCAAAGCUAUUGCAGUGCGGAUCCGGAGGGAAUGAGAGACCUUCAGCAGCAGUACAGUCGCUUCAUGAUGGAGAUUUCUGAGAGUAGAACUGAAGGAAAACAGAAGAAAACGGAGGCUAAGAAAGGAUCCAGUAAAAGACCCGAGACAUCAUGUGGAAUCGAUCCCACGUCCCAACAUGUUGAUCCAGAUAAAGCUCCAGAGGCAGCCCAUAACUCUGAUUCUGCAGAGAAUAAGCAGAAAGCAGAAGACACAAAGCAGGAGGAACCAUCAGGGACGACUUUGACUGACCCUCAAAUCGAGGAUAACUUUGAAGAACCUAAAAGCGACAUGGGGGACAGGAAAAUGAAAAAAGCAGUGUCGAGCAUUCCGGAGAAGCAGUCUGUAAAGAAUAAACAGCCACCUGCAGCGGAAAAACCCCAGAGCAUCAGCAUCAGCAGUGAAGUGUGCGGUAAGACGCAGUUUUGUGCUGCAGUACGGGACGCUCAUACGGCUCUCAGUGACCAACGGUGCCGCAACGCAGAGCAGUCAUUCUCUGAGGCUCUCAGGAUUCUGGGGACCACUGGGACCAAGGAUCUCGGUGUAUCUGAACUGGACAGAACUUUGUUGGUCUACGGUUAUGCAACAGCUCUGAUAGAAAUUGGGCAACCUGAGGAAUUGGCUGAAGCUCAGCGGCAGUUUGAGAAACUAAGCACUUCAGCAAACAGAACAUUCCAGUCUUUGGUUCAUUAUGGUUUAGGAAAGGUGUUUCUGAAGGAGAAUAAAUUUAGCAAUGCCAAAGAUGAAUUUUGGAAAGCUAUUUUGAUGGUUCAGAGGCAGAUUAUGCCAGGAAAAUUGACCUGGCCCACCACUAAAGUUACUGUUAAAGAAACCUGUCCUGAUUAUUUAAAGGAGCGACUUGAGUGGUAUAUUGAGACCUGCAAAUUUCCACCUAAGCCGGAUGCAGUUUGUCGGCAUUGCCUGGGACAAGCCAUUAUCUAUUUCACCGAUCCAGACUUUAAGGGCUUCAUUCGUUUAUCAUGCUGUCAGAGGUGCAAGGUGGAGUAUCAUAUGAAUUGUUGGAAAAAGUUCAAAUCUGCUUCAUUUUCGGAUAAGAGUGAAAAGGAUUUUCUGCAGAAUUUGUGUUUUACUCCUGACUGUACUGGUACAAUCUGUCACAUAGUAAUAUUUGACUCAACUGGUCUUAUUAAGUGUGAGUUUAAAUCACCUAUUUCUAAGAGCAAAAUUCCUGGGGUGAGAGUCAAACAGAAAUGUACAAGUCUAAAGAAAUUGAAAUCUAAAGAGGAACGAAAGCUCCGGCGGAAACAAGAGAGGAUGGCUAUAUCCUUAACACAAAAUGAGAUGAACAAUUUAAAAAUAGAAGAUGAAACUGAAAAAGAAACGGACAAAGCAUCGUUCAAGGAUUGUGUUGUAUACGGAGAUCGUGUUUUACACCAAAUUGAUAAAAACCGAGAUCUUUUUAAUGAUGAGAGACACAAUUUUUCUAGUAUGCAAGAGUCUCUGAGACCAUGGAUAAAGUUGGAUGAGGACAAGGGACAUGAGAACAUAUUAAAAGAUCGUGUAGAACCAAAAGUUCUCAGGGAGAUAGUGGAUCUGCUACUGGAGAGAAAGAACAGGGUUUGGGCCAGACUUUUUCUUCAUGAUCUCAGCAGCUGCCAAGAUGUCAAGCCUAAAGUUCAUGAAUGGGCUCAACAACUUAACAAUGCUGGUCUAAAAGCAGCAGAGAAAUUUAUUAGUCAGUUUGGUGAUGAGCUAGAAAAACUGGAUUUUUCUUCCCUGUUGGAGUUUCCCCCACUACGUGAUAUAUUUCAUAAUAAGGACUUCACUGUAGAAUACCUGAGACAAGCAACACCACAGGACAAGCGCCUCUUUAUUUGGACUCUAGAGGAAUACCGAGAUCACUACCCCUCCUGCCUUACUAUCCUUGAUGAUUAUUUUGAAAUGGAUUCAAUAUGUUUAGUAUUAAAGAAGACAGAAAAAGAUGACCACUUAAGUUCUGUUUAUAAGAGUAAAAACAAAAAUCGGAAAAAGAAGCAGAAAGAACCAAAGUCUGUCUUACUUCUAUCGGGGAUAAAAAGAGACGAAGAGGAGGAUUUCUUCACUGAAGAAGAUUCACUAGUGCUGCUGGAUAGUGAUGAUCCCUUUAGUGUUCCAGUAUAUUUAAGGGAGCAGGUUGCAGAGUUCGAGGGGCAGUAUGUCAAUUCAAGAUACUUUAACCACUAUAAGAGAUUUAUAGACAAUGACCCAGACCCAACUCAAGAGACUUUAUAUGACUACUUUGCACAGAUUCUGGAGGAGCAUGGCCCUCUAGAGGUGUCCGACCCCCUGCUUGUGGGUCAGCUGCAGCACUUUCCACCUGAAGCACAGCAAAAGAUUGAAGCUGCUGGGGGACUCAAACAUUUCUUGCAAGGCUCUCUUCGAUUUGUAAUGUUUAACAACUCUGUUGGAUUAACGUCACACUCGGUGUGCUUUCAGCACAAUAUGGAUGAAGACGCGUCUAUAUCAGACAACUUUCCCUUUAAUAAUUGCAGCAUGGACAUUUCAAAAGCUAAAGGAUCCUGCCAUCUUAAUCCCUCAGCCAAAGAAUUUCUGCCACAGUCUAACCAUUCAAGUCUAGUUGAUUGUGAAUCUUAUGACCUUGCAACUUGUCCUGAUCUCCCAAAUCCUUAUGUUAUGGUUUCUCCGGAUUUUAGUUAUGGAUUUGGGCCACAUGUUGAGCCUGGAACUGUAAAACUUGGUGUACAAGAAUCACAAUAUCAUGAUGACUUUGUAAAUGUCCCACUAUUUGAGGCUUUCAGCUCUGAUGCUAGUUAUAUUAAUUUUAAUGAAGACUCAUCAAGUCCUAAAUGUAAGACCGUUUCUGUUCAGACACAUUCAGGUAACAGAGAUACCAGAGAUGAUGUUGCCAUUAAUACAGAACCAUAUGAACAGUUUGAAAAGAACAGAGGAGACAUGACCCAAACAGAAAAAAUCAACAUAAAAUUUGAAAAACGCAUUCAAAUGAUGAGGGAAAACCUAAACGCUUUACAAAACAAAACAAAAGAGUCGUAUUCUGUACUUGAUGAUGAAGUAAAGGAAAUUAAUCACCACAUAGAGAUUUCCAACAAAGAGUUGACUUUGUUCCAACAAAAGCUUGAGGAUGAGGUACGGAAAGAUCAGCAGGAGAAGAGAGACCACCAAGAGAAGCUGAAGAGUUUGAAAGGUGAAAUCAAAGAGCUUGUGGAUUUUCAGGACAGUUUUUCCAAGCUUAUCCAGGAGAAGAAUAUGGAGUAUCAGGAAGAACUUGAGCAAUUAUUUGCAAAAAGUAACCAGUGGGCAGCUGAGAAGAUGAGUUUGGAGGAUGAAAUAAAGAAACAUAGGGAUCUGUGUGCAAAAGCAAGCGGUCGAUCACUCGCAGGACAGGUGUCCAUCCUGAAAAACAGACGAGAGCACGGGCUACGAGGCUUGAGGAAGUACUUGUCAGGAGGAAAAGCAAUUCUAAAACACCUGACUGAGAGGUCGCACACGUACCCACCCACAAGCUUGAGUUCAAUCAUUGAGGCCUGGAAAUUAUCCAUACAGGAAGUUGAGGAGAAGAUCAUCAGAACUGAGAGGCAGUAUGAAGAGCAGUUAGAGCUUGUGAAAAAGGGCACCAGCCUGUCUUCUCUCCCUGCAUUUGACAUACCGAGCCCCCCUGCCCCUCCCUGUGUCCCGGCGUUUCUUCAUCCACUUUCCAAUCAGCAUUCAGUUUUGCAGCAGCUCCCUUUGCAUCAUGCACAGCCACACACCACAUACGGAGUUCAGCAGCACCCUGCCAGACCUCAAACACACAUGGCAGUAAACACACACCAUGCUGUGCACACACCUCCAGCAGCCAGUGAGGUUGUUGCUGCUUCAGCGCCCUCUAGUGUCUCAGCUCCAGCUCAGCCUCCACAGCCUCUCAUUGUGUUUGAGAGGAUCGUGGAUCGUCUCAGCGCCAUGUUUCCUCAUUAUAGCAGAUCAGUCUUGACAAAAUUUAUUCAGGAGGUCCGCUCUAUGAACGGUGGCACUCUGAGCAUGCUGAAGUAUGAAGAACUCAUCAACAGAGCUGCUCAACUCAUCCUUGACCACCAGGAGCACUCACAAGAGCGGAUGAACUUGCCAAGUAGGGAUGUACCCAGAGUAAGAGAUUCACCAGCACCAAGUCCAUCUCCUUCCAUCGACAGAGCUUCAGCAACUCCCCCACCUGCACAUGUGUGGAAGAGCGUGUCCUCUCCACAGCGCAAGACUUCGAGAGCCCUGAACAUGGAAGACCCUUGCAUUAUUUGCCACGAAGAUAUGACACCCGAGGACAUGUGCGUGCUGGAGUGUCGCCAUAGCUUCCACAGAGAGUGUAUAAAGUCGUGGCUGAAGGAGCAGAGCACUUGUCCCACCUGCCGAGAGCAUGCACUUUUACCUGAGGAUUUCCCUAUGUUGCCUGGACGACAUAGACGGGGACACAUGCAUGCAGCAUCCUUCUUGUAUUAGCAGUUUUUUUAUGUUCUACACACAUCUGCUCUACAACUAUAUAAUGAAUAACAAAAUGUUUAAUAUUAAUAAAAGUAUUUAUUAUAUAGCAGAUCUAAUUUGCUAUAUAAUGUAACCAAAAUAACACUUACCACAUAUAAACUGUAUAUAACAGUGAUUGGGACAAAUUUAGGCAUUUACUUUCCCCAAUUCUGGGGGGUGGCUUUUAUUUUUUCCCUUUUUCUUUUUAAUUUGGGAUAAAAGAUUGAAGAGUUUUCUCAUGUGAACUUCUUCCACCACAGUUAUUAAGGACCAAUCAGUUUUAAUUAGUUUUACUUGUAUUUCUUCUGUUUCUGAUCAGUUUCUUGAUUAUAUUGGUUUAGUACAUAUCAUUUUACAAUUUAACAAAGAGAUCCAUUUUCUUUUUUUGUUGUUAAUUUCAAAAUUCAUUUUUGACUGGUGAAAAUGACAAGUUCCUGAUACAAAAAUCCCACGGUAUCCUGGUUUCCAAAUCAGAUUUUUGUAUUAUUAUAAUAUUUUUUUUGUAAUGUAGAAAAUAGCAUAUUAAACAUUUGGAAGUAACCAUACUGAUCUGAAA